GGACGUUCUUUUCUGCACAUAUCUGGCGAGAUAGCAUAGUUCCAUACUACAUUUCAAGCAUACACGCCGCCUUCAGCAAUCACAUCAUGCAGAACCCAUCUGUAGUCCUGUAUGGGCCGAAGAACGCGAAGAUCGAACAUAUCGCAGUGCCAGAAGUGAUUGAACCUCACGACGUGAUCGUUCGCAUCAAUUAUGUGGGAGUUUGCGGAAGCGACGUCCAUUUCUGGCACCACGGCGGCAUUGGCAAGAUGAUCAAUCCUUCCACCGGCAUCGUGAUGGGCCACGAAGCCUCAGGCACCAUCCACUCCGUCGGCCCAUCUGUCAAAAGCGUCAAACCGGGGGAUCGCGUAGCUAUAGAGCCAGGCGUACCAUGUCGUAUAUGUAAAGUGUGUAAAUCUGGGGUUUACAACAUGUGUCGCGACAUGCGUUUUGCCGCAGCACCCGGGCCGCCUGAUACGCAAGGCACGCUAUCGAAGUACUUUCGCAGCGCAGAAGAUUUUGUCUACAAAAUCCCCGAUAAAAUGGGCUUGGACGAAGCGGUGCUUGUUGAGCCCCUUGCGGUCGCCGUACAUGCAGUCAAGCUGGCAGAUGUGAAACCUGGCGAAACGGUCGUGGUGAUGGGGAGCGGGACGAUCGGGCUAUUCUGCGCGGCCGUUGCACGUCAAUUCGGUGCGCAUCGCAUCAUCAUCGUCGAUAUUCUGGAGAAGAAACUCGAAUUCGCAGCAAGCUACUUGAAGUGUGAGACCUUCCGCUCGUCGACCGACGCCAGUCCAGAAGACGACGCCGAAGCACUACUCAAGAAGUUUGAUCUCGUGGAGCACGGCAUCGAUACGACUGGCGGUCUUGUCGAUACCGUCAUCGAAGCUUCCGGUGCGACAACGAGUAUCGAUAUGGGCAUCAACCUUGUGCGCCCAGGCGGGAAGUAUGUUCAGACCGGGCUUGGGAAGCCGAAGAUCGAAUUUCCGAUCGUGGCUAUGGGCCAGAAAGAGCUCAUGGUGAGGGGAUGCUUCCGAUAUGGUGCAGGUGAUUACGAGCUUGCGGUAGGGUUCUUGGAGAAGGGAUUGAUCGAUGUGAAGCCUUUAAUCAGUUCAAUAACGCCGUUUGAGAAGGCGACCGACGCGUGGGAAAAGACGUCGAGAGGAGAGGGUAUCAAGAAUUUGAUUCAAGGGGUGCAGGAUUGAUUGCUGAUACGGCUCAAAAGAAUUGAACCCCCUUUUACUUCAUCUCCAAUAACAUGAUCUCAAGCAGAAACCUCUCCAUCUCCCGCGCAUUGUAGAGCCUGCUUCCUCCAGACAGGCUUUGCCCAUUUCCGUAGGGUUCCCCAUGUGUGGUACAUGCAUUGAUUGUAACCU